AUGGCUUCGCAGUACGAAGUCGAGCACAAUGUCCAGCUCUCGGCGCCGGCCCGGCGGAGCUCUCGCCGCGUCGACAUGGCCUCCUUCUUCUCCCUCCUCAACCAGUUCGGCGAGGCGACCGACACGCCGACGCCGCACAACAAUCCGCACGCGACGCCGACGCCCGUCGCCACCGCCGCCCUCUUCCGCCUCCUUCAGGACCAGCUCCAGACCUUGUCUCUCACGGCGCCGACGGCCGACAACCGCGCCUUCCUCGACCAGCUCGUCGCCUCCCUCGAGGGCGACAUACACGACCCCCCGACGGCGCUCAAGGGCGUGAGCCAGGCCUUCCUCGACGCCCUCGACCGCGUCGACCGGAAGAAGCUCUUCGCCGACGACGACUGCGCCAUCUGCAAGGUGCCCUACCUCGACGACGAAUGGUGCCUCGUCGUCGAGCUGCCCUGCGAGGGCCGGCACCGCUUCGAUCUCGAGUGCGUCGGGCCCUGGCUGAGGAGCAAGGGAAGCUGCCCCAUGUGCCGCGAGGAGAUGGAGAGGAAGAAGGCCGUCGUUCCCGCGGCCGAGGACGAGGACGAGGACGAGGACGAUGACAUGAUGUACGCGUAG